CCCUCUGAUUGAAGAAACCAGCCCCAUCGGCACUCCUGCCAUCGAGAGCCCCCUCUCUCCCUCCGCCUUCAUCGACUCCAUCUUGCAGGAUGAGAAACCCAGGGGCAUCAUGGCCGCAGCUCCUCUUGCCGACAGUGGCGGCAGCAGCACAGCCGCUGAAUAGGCCCAGUCCCCCGAAAAGUGCCUCAGCGUCGCCUGCCUGGACAAGAACGAGCUGAACGAGCACUUGGACACCAUCGACUCCAGCUUGGAUAACCUUCAGACCAUGCUGAGCACCCACGGCUUCAGCGUGGACACCAGCGCCUUGCUGGACCUCUUCAGUCCUUCAGCGACAGAUUUGAACUUGCCAGAUCUGGACAGCAGCUUGGCCAGUAUCCAAGACCUCCUCUCCUGCCAGGAGCAGCAGAAGCCGGCAGAAGUGGAAGACUCUGCAGCAGACACAGGCAAGCAGCUGGUCCACUACACAGCGCAGCCCCUCUUCCUGGUUGACUCGAGCUCCAUGGACAUGGCCAACACGGAAAUGCCCAUCUUCUUUGAGCUGGACGAAGGACCCUGCUUCACGGAGGACGAGUACUUGGAGGACCCCACCAUCGCCCUCCUCUCGGGGGCGGAGACGCCCAAGCCCAAGGACCCCUCC